CUGUUAGUGCAGUUUACACAUUACACGUACGAGUUCAGGAUGACGGUACAAUUUUUCGGACGCCUAUGUGGAGUGCAAUUGCACGAAUAGAAGAUCGACCUGCGCAAGUUAAUUAUAGUUAUGUAACUCUUAUGUGUAUUUAUUAGUGGACUUUGAUGAUUAUCAAGCUAUAGAUUAUCAAUCAUUGUUAUCAAGCUUUGAUAUAGAAACUGGACCUAUAAGAGAUAAGAGGAAUAUUAACAUGAUACAGUAUUGUGAUAUACAUUAAGCCAGCUAUUUAAUCGAUUAACUUUAUCAAUAAAUAUGGAUGCAAAAAUAAUGAGCUACUGUCCACCGAAUAUAACUUUUAACGACAUUUGGGUGGACCAUGGCGUGUCUAAGUGUUUUAUGGACACUAUCUGUACCGCGGUUGUCUCUUUGUACCUGAUUGUAUUCGGAUCCAUCCAAUUGUGGAUGUAUCGCAAGUAUGGGACGGAAAUUGACGAGAAUACCUUACCGAAGAGCAAGUUGUACAAUCUACAAAAGUUUGUGUUAUAUUUUGUUCCCUUCUUGAGUUUAUUAAGAAUAAUACUGCAAGCCACAAUCAUGGAUGAUGGAAUGGUCUAUGGAUACAUGAUACUGAUGACGGUGUCAACAGUAAUUAUUUAUCCGUACUCGGUCUAUAUAUUAAAAGUCGAAAGACACAAAUUGUUGCCGAGCGUACCGCCGCACGGACAUGGAUUGGUGUUGCUUGGCUUUUGGACCUUGGCGUUUGUCGGUGAAAAUAUUGUCUUUAUCAAUAUCGGAAAACUCGAAUGGUGGUUUCACCUGAAUUCUCUGACGGACCAGAUUGAGAUGGCCCUAUUUGUUUUACGUUACGUUAGUAAUCUGUUGAUUUUUGCUCUGGGCCUACGCGCUCCUGGCAUUGCCGGUAGGUUCGAUUCUGAUUAUCGUUCGCUCAACGACGGCUCAAGUAUGCAAUCGCGAUACUAUCAAAGGAGACCGGAUGACAACACUUCCACGUGGGCAAAUCUGUGGUAUAAGAUUAGAGUGUUGGCGCCAUUCCUGUGGCCAAAGUCGGACUUUCUGCUUCAACUGAGGGUGAUAUUUUGCUUCAUGCUGCUGAUAGCUGGACGUGCGAUAAAUCUUUACGUACCGAUUUACAAUAAAAUGAUCGUGGACAGUGUCGCGAGUAUCACUAACAUACAAUUUAGAUGGGAUCUGGUAUUGAUAUACGUGGCGUUCAAAUUCCUGCAAGGGGGCGGUACAGGGGGCAUGGGUCUGCUGAAUAAUCUGAGAUCCUUCCUUUGGAUACGCAUCCAGCAGUACACCACUCGUGAGGUUGAGGUGGAAUUAUUCAGGCAUUUACACGGGCUGAGUUUACGUUGGCACCUCGGAAGAAAGACUGGCGAGGUGUUGAGGGUCAUGGAUCGCGGCACGGACUCGAUCGACAAUCUGCUGAAUUAUAUUCUUUUCUCGAUUGUACCAACAAUCGUUGACAUUCUUGUGGCCGUUCUAUUUUUCGUUAGCGUAUUUAACAAGUGGUUCGGUCUCAUCGUUCUCACAACGAUGGUGUUUUAUAUUGCUGCGACGAUCUUGGUUACGGAGUGGCGCACGAAGUUCCAGAGGCGCAUGAACCUCGCCGACAAUGCUCAGAAGGCACGCAGCGUCGACAGUCUGCUGAAUUUCGAAACGGUGAAAUAUUACGGCGCGCGAAGCUUACGAGGUCGAGUGCUACGAGAAGCGAUAUUGGAUUACCAAGUGCAAGAAUGGAAGUCGAUGGUGACGCUAAACAUACUGAAUACACUGCAGAACGUAAUAGUAUCCGCCGGUCUACUCUCUGGAUCUUUACUAUGCUUACACAUGGUCGUUACCCAUCAAGGCUUGACGGUCGGCGACUACGUCUUGUUCGCCAGUUACAUAACGCAACUUUACGUGCCGCUGAAUUGGUUCGGGACAUAUUACAGGGCCAUUCAAAGAAUUUCGUCGACAUGGAGAACAUGUUCGAGCUGCUCAGGGAAGACCAGGAGGUGAUAGACGCACCGGGAGCCGGUAAACUGGAUGUCAAGCGUGGCCAGGUGGAAUUCGUGAACGUGUCGUUCGGCUACACCCCCGAGAGGAUCGUGCUCAAAAACAUCAACUUUACUGCACCCCCGGGCACGACGAUCGCGCUGGUCGGCCCGUCC